AUGGCGACCGUUACUGAGACCGCCGCUUCACAUGCCACGAACGGGGUAGCCGUCGACGCCAGCCCUGUCAUCGCAAAGCUCCAGGCGGCCUCUCUCCAUGCCCCAAGUGUCGUCAGUGAUGCCCCAGCUGUCCAUGACAUGACUGUCAGCAAUAUCGUUGUGCCUGCCGCCAAGGGCGCAGGAGACGCGGCAGACAUACCCUACACGACCUUCCACCUGGCGGCCUGCUCUUUCGUACACCCCGAUGGACGUCCUUCGCACAUCAGGCAGUGCUGUGCUCCCAAGCCGGCGGCCGAGAACGGGGCGGCACGGCCCAGAGAACAGCACAUCCGCCUCUACCACAGCGAGCCGUCGCACUUUGGCUACAACCGCGGCUGCGAUAUCAUUCGCGAGUCGAGGUUCAGCACCCGUCAGGGCUGGCAUGCGCCCGCCGUCGACGACCUGGUAGCCGACGAUGUCGGAGCCGGCAGUGCCAUUGCCAGUGUUGGAUGGUGGGUGGAGCAAGAUGUCUACGAGACCAGAGUCUAUUACGCCGACAAAAGCGGCACUCUCCGGGAACGCUGGAAUCGCACCUCCUUCAAGCCACAAGUCCAUGAUAGCUUCGACAUUGAGCUCCCGGCGCCGGCCAAGUUGGUGCCGCCCCAUCCCGGCUGGGCCGAGACCAAUCUGCGUCCUGCCGACACCCCCCCUGCCUCUACCGCUGACACCACGUUCCCGGAAGUCAAGCCCCUCGCUGGCUCCAAGUUUGCGGCGGUUCGCUCCGAGGACGGGACCCUCCAUGUCUACUACCAAGCCGCCGACAAGUCCAUCCACGAGCUUGCCAAUAAAGGCAGGGGCUGGACCGGAACGUCAGCCAUCGUCCUGACCUCGGACAAGGCCAAGCCGGGCAGCCCCUUGACGGCCGUUUCGGGCGGCUGGAACGAGAUGCGCCUCUUCUUCGUCACGCCCAACGAGACGCUGGCCGGGGUCUACCGCGACGACCACACUCGAUGGACCCCCAUCGAAAUGCCCGCGUACAAGCUCCUCCCCUCGGCCAUGCUAUCUGCCGUCGCCUGGAACUACGCCUCGGCCUUCUUCGAGAUUCGCAUCUUCACCACCGACGAUAAGAACGAUCUGUACGAGUACCACUUUGACCGCAAGCAGGGCGGCUGGGCGCCCGCGCCGGUCAACAUCAACAAGGCCCCUGCUGCGGCACUCUCGCCGGCAAAAGGCACCCGCAUGCCCCUCUCGGCGGUCGCGGCCGUCAUUGUGGACGACGAGUGGAAGACCAAGGUCUACUUCCACCCGCGGCGCACCAUCGCCGAGUGGGACGUGUGCUCCAAGUCGACCGCUUUCAAUGGCAUUCCAAAGGUGAGCGCUGGCGCGGCGGCGCGGCGGCAGAUUGAGGAGGAAACGAGGGCAAAGAUCCAGGCGGAGGAGGAGAGGAAGAAGAAGCACGAUGCCGAGGAGGCCAAGAAGAAGCAGCAAGGUGGGCCCGAGGCAAAGAAGAAUCCUCUUCCCAACAAAGUGACCCUGAGCAACCCGGUCGCCAUUAUCGGUUCGCUGACGGGCCACCACCCGACCAUCGACGACGUGUUUCACAAGGUCGACCUGCCCUUCCCCGUCACGCUCUACGGUCACGCGAGCAAGACGCUGUGGGUGACCGAGAACGGCUUCAUCUGCCUCGACAGGCACACGGACGCGCGGGCGCACCGUCAGGGCCAGCCGCUGCCGUCCCGCAACGGUAUUCCCCCCCAUGCCCUCUUCCCGUACUGGGCCGACUUGAUGAUCGCCGCGGGCAAGCCGCACGGCGUUUACUACGAGGUCUCGGGCGCGGCACCGAACCGGCAUUUCACGGUCGAGUGGUAUGUGACGCGGUACAAGCACGAGGAGCAGUACUUCCACUUCAACGCGACGCUCGAGGAAGCCCAGCCCGACAUAGUCUCGUUCAGGUACUACGAUGUGGGCGACGGCGGCCAUGAGUGCACCGUCGGCGUGCAGGGGCCUACAGCACACCUGCAAUACUCGCACAACCAGGCCAACAUCCACAGGGGCCUUCAGAUCACGUUCAACACGCACGAGAACAAGAUGCAUGCAACCCAGUUUCGCAUCUGA